AUGAGAGAGCUUGACCCAUUAAUAUCUGAGUACCGCCAUGAAAAGAAGCGCCCACGAGAGUCGGAGGCACUCUUCAUCCUGCGCAAAGUCGCGUCCUUAGUCAAACCGAUUAUGCGACAGCGCGCCUGGAAAGUGGGAGCGCUAUGUGAGUUCUAUCCGCAGCAGCGAAAUCUGCUAGGGUUGAAUGUCAACUCCGGUCAGAAGAUCUGCCUGAGACUACGGUAUCCCUCUGACCAGCGACAAUUUCUUCCCAUCGAAGAAGUUGUGGAUACGAUGCUUCAUGAACUCUGUCACAAUGUGAUUGGCCCUCACAACCAGCAGUUUCAUGCGCUGUGGAAUCAACUCCGCGACGAGCAUGAGGAACUCAUCAGAAAAGGCUACACCGGAGAAGGCUUCUUAUCUCAAGGGAAGCGCCUUGGUGGCCAGAGAAUCCCGUUGGAUGAAGCUCGACGCCAGGCUCGCGCUGCUGCUGAACAGCGAAAGGUACUUUCCAAAAACUCGGGGAAAAAGCUCGGCGGGGCGCCUGUUCUCCGCGGAACCGAUAUACGCAAGCUUCGUGCAGAUGCUGCCCAGCGGCGCGCUGAAGUUACCGCAGGUUGUGCGUCUGGUACAGACAAAAGCACAGAGCUUGCCGAAGAGGCAUCUAGGAACGGGUUCAGGACUCAAGCCGAGGAGGACGAUGCAAACGAGCGGGCUAUUAUGGAGGCCUUCAUUGAAUUGAUACAAGAGGAAGAACGAGAGAAGCAUGGCUCUUCAUAUCUUCCACCCAGUCAAGAGCAUCCAGCUGGACCUCGAACGGAAUCAUCACCACCUGCUCGUUCCAAUACUCCGCCUGCUACUUCUGAUACCCCUUCUGUGCCAACACAAGAAGCUGUAACCUCUAAUCAGAGUCAUAAUGUGGAUCACAAAGCUGAUAACAGCUCAUACGACAACCCGUGGACCUGUCCCACGUGCACUCUCGAGAACCCUCCCAAUUUCCUAUGCUGUGAUGUUUGUGCAGCAGAACGCCCGCCUCCCACCAAUAUUCAACCAUCAUCUACAUCCACCCCAGGGAACACUUCCAAUCAACCUCAGCAAUCAGUAUCACGGGGUUCGACGAAACGAUCUUUACCUCCCGAUCAACUGGACGACAAGAAGAACCCCAAAGAUACAUUUGCCUUCAAAAACCGUACCCGCGCGAAGGAUUCCCUCAAAAAACUGGAUCAAGGUGUCAAUAAGAAACCCCUUGGAUGGGUUUGCACCUCGUGCAGCAGCUUUAUGGAAACCCAGUGGUGGACAUGCUCCUGCUGUGGAACCAUGAAGCCAUCCUCUUAA